AUGGUGAAGGAGCAGGAUAAUUCAGUGGUUAUUGAUGGUUGCUUGGAAGAAAAGGUAGAAGUAAAAAGAAAGGAUAGUGAAGAGAUUCGUAUAGAGAAGAAAACUAUCCCCUUUCCCUUUCCUCAAAGGCCAAGAAAGCAUCAAGAGGAAACUAGUUUUAAGAAGUUUCUAGAUCUUUUGAAGCAAGUUCAAGUAAACCUUUCUCUUGUUGACAUUUUACAGAGUGUGCCAAAAUAUGUGAAAUACUUAAAGGAUAUUAUUGCCAGUAAGAAUCAGUUGACUGAAUAUGCUACAGUUGCAUUAACUAAAGAGUUCACGUCAAAAAUUCAAAAUAAACUACCCGCAAAAUUGAAGGAUCUGAAGAGUUUUACAUUGCUGAUUACCCUUGGUCAAACUAUUUGUGCAUGUGGAUUGUAUGACUUGGGGGCUAGCAUAAAUCUCAUGCUCACGUUAUGGUAUCAAAAGAUGGGUCUUGGAAUCCCCAAACCUAUGACUAUUGUGUUGCAAUUGGUAGAAAAGUCACUUGCUAGACCAGAUGGUGUUAUUGAAGAUGUACUGGUGCAAGUGGGAUCUUUAAUCUUUCUUGUGGAUUUUGUGAUUAUUGACUUUGAGGCCGAUCCAGUUGUUCCAUUUAUUUUGGGAUGA